GGCAGGAAAAAAUCUACUCCCCCAGCCUUAGAAUCAUAGGGACUGCGCUACAGGAGAGACUGCUUGCACAGAGCUGUGCUAACUCGCUGAGAGUACAGGAGAGAUCAGCUGUAAUAAGACUGAGAUGAAACCAUGGAUCUUCUGCCCUUCAGACUGAACAUCAGCAACAACUCCGGACCUGGAGCCAACCUGACCACUGCCAAGUGGCCAGAUCUGCAGAGCAUCUCUUAUACCAGUAUUAUCAUGCCUUCUGUGUUUGGCAUUAUCUGUCUGCUGGGUACUGCUGGCAACUCUGUAGUCAUCUUUACUGUAGUGAAAAAGUCCAAGUUCCACUGGCGUCACAACGUCACAGACAUCUUUAUUAUCAAUCUCUCUGUCGUGGACCUCCUCUUCCUCUUGGGCAUGCCCUUCAUGAUCCACCAGCUCCUGGGAAAUGGCAUCUGGCACUUUGGUGAGACGAUGUGUACACUCAUCACUGCCAUGGACGCUAACAGUCAAUUCACCAGCACUUACAUUCUGACUGCUAUGUCCAUUGACCGGUAUUUGGCUACAGUUCACCCCAUCUCCUCUUCAAGAUUCAGGAAGCCCUUUGUUGCUACCUUGGUUAUCUGUCUCCUCUGGAUACUCUCUUUUAUCAGCAUUACCCCGGUUUGGCUCUAUGCCAGGCUUAUUCCAUUCCCUGACGGGACUGUGGGUUGUGGCAUCCGCCUUCCACAUCCAGAAACUGACUUGUACUGGUUCACUUUGUACCAGUUUUUUCUGGCCUUCACCCUUCCCUUUGUGGUCAUUGCUGUUGCCUAUGCACGUAUCCUCCAACAUAUGAAGUCUUCCGUAGCCCCAACUACUCAGCGCAGCAUCCAGCUGAGGCUCAAGCGAGUGACACGAACUGCCAUUGCUAUAUGUCUGGUCUUCUUUACCUGUUGGUCACCAUAUCACCUGCUACAGUUGAUACAGCUGUCCAUCAGCCGCCCAACACUUACCUUCUACUACACGUACAAUGCAGCCAUCAGCCUGGGCUAUGCAAACAGUUGCCUCAACCCCUUUGUGUAUAUUAUGCUCUGUGACACUUUUCGUCAACGCCUGGUCCUCUCUGUCAAGCCUAUGGCACAGGAGUAGCAGAGGUCAGCCUCAUGGUGCCAGAAAGAUGGAUAUCAGGCCCAAGAUUAAAACCACCUGAUGUAAAAGAAAUAUAAUAUAUGGUUGCAAGCACCUUGAGCCCAGAAAAACUUUGAAUAGUCAGAGAUUAGCCAGAGAUAAUUAGAGAGAACAACUUGAGGGAACAAUAAAAUAAUGAUAAAACUUAGCUGAACAACUCUAAAGGGAAUAUGGUGAUUGUCUACAGAACUUGAAGGAUGUAAACACCAAGGAAGAAGGAUUAGUUAGGAUGAUAUGAGAUCCAUAUCUAGAGUAACUGAGCAAAGGAAAAUUUUCAAGAGGAACAGCACCCUCCCCUCUUGAAGCAGACAGAGGAUGGUGGCUGACAACAGUUAUCAAGACCCAAGGGAAGGUCUAAAGCCGUGAACACAGUAGUGGUCUUUUAAAAAGCUUCUAGACUCCUACUCAGAUACAGGGUACCUUUUCUCCAUUGAGAUGUUCCUGGGAGGCAAGGGAUUAAAUUAAAAUAGAGUAGGUCCCAGACAAAGAAAAUGUGUAAACUACAACUAAUGAUGGAAAUAGAUAUUAAUAAAUGAGUCCAACAUAAUUAGAAAGUUGUAGUUAACACAUACAAGCACAAUCUUGGAAAGUCAAAGCUUUAGAUUUUAUGAGAAGUCUUUCUCUCUAUUUCUGUCUCAUGUCCAUCUAUAGCACCUUGUGUUGAGAUAUCUGAAGGAUGAGAAUAUGUGGAGUAACUCCAAUUGUCAUAUUUUGGAAAAAAGAUGAGGUAGUUUAGGUUCUCUGGGUGGACUCACAGAACAUAUUAUUAGAAUCAAGGAAAAUGUUCCCUUAAGUUUGUCAGUGGAGUUAGUGGUGGAGGGUCUGCAUGUUUGAGUCAGUGGCUUGUCUGUGACUAAAGAGAAGAGGAAUUGUUGAUUUAUAUUUACAAAACACUAGCUGCUAAUAUAUCCAGAGUGUACCACUGUUGAAAUAAAGUAAGUCUGCUUUUUAUGCUU